AUGGCCAAGCCGAGUGAAUUGAAGCGCAAGGCGGUCGCCACCCCUGCUACCGUGCCUAGAAAAUCCAAGAAAGCGGAAGAUGCGCCGAUCAAGCGCCAACGCUCCGAAGUAGCGGUCAGAAAGGCAAAGCCUACAAAAGCACAUACAGCCGUGCGCAAGGAAACUCACGAACAGCAAGAAACGCACUCACAUAAAGUGUCACCUGCUGCACCAGGAUCUGCACCGCGUGGCCUGCGCAUUGUGGCUGGAUCUUAUGAGCGCUUUCUUUAUGGAAUUGAGGGAGUCGUACAUCGUGAAGAAGACGGCAACUACACUGUCAGUUUGACGCCCCGGUUCGUAUUCCCCGCCCACGUAUCGUCGAUCCGCUGUGUCGCUUGUGCCGGGCGCGACUCCAAGUGGCUCGCUACAGGUGGUAUGGAUGAAACUAUCAAAGUAUGGGAUCUACGCCGCCGCAAAGAAGUGGGUGCACUGACAGGCCACGAAGGGACGAUUACGUCGCUUUCGUUCCCCACUCGCACCUUUCUGCUAUCAGCAUCAGAAGACGGCACAAUGAAUCUGUAUCGGACGCGUGACUGGGCUCUUCUUCGAACGAUGCGUGGUCACAAGGGCCGCAUCAAUUCUGCUAGUGCUCACCCAAGUGGUCGUGUGGCCUUGUCUGUGGGAGCUGAUCGUAUGAUCCGCAUGUGGGACUUGCGUCGUGGUAUGGGAUCGGCGUCUGUCAAGAUAGGCGCAGAGGCGGAAAAAAUCGUUUGGGAUACGCAGGGAAAACGUUUCGCUGUACUGACAGGUCGUCAGGUGCUUGUAUUCGGCACCAACAUGUCGCAGCUCGCUCGCAUUGAGCACCCAAAACGCUUACAUGAUGUGUGCUUUACCCAAUCGAACGAUAAACACGAGUGGAUGCUGGUGCCGACAGAAGCUGGUGUUGUGCAUAUAUACGAUGUGGACGAUAUGCAAGGAUCAGAGGAUGAAGCGACGCCACGCGAAGUAGCGAGGCUAGUAGGCCACUCGAAUCGCGUGCGCAGUGCGUGCGCAACUCAUAUUCAGGCGGACGAUCAGACACAGCACGUGCUUUUUACGACGAUUAGCUCGGAUGGACUGAUUCGUGUGUUCCGUGUGGAUGAAUCCCGACUGGAACAUGAGGCUUCAGCGCACUAUGAUACGAAAAAGUCGCGUCUGACCUGCCUGAGUUCUGUGGGUUUUGACCCUGAUGCCACUGAAUUCGAUGAAGACGAAGAAGAAGAGGAUGAUGAAGACGAGGAAGAAGCCGACGACGAUGACGACGAGGAUUAUGAUGACGAAAUCGAUAAUGAAGAGCUCGCACGGUUGGAGGAAGAGGUACGUCAAGCUCGCGAAGCUGGCAUCAUCAUUGAGGGUCUUGAUGACGAGGAGGAGGAGGAAGAAGAAGAAGAGGAAGAGCAAGAAGAAGAUUGA